CGUCAGACCUGCUUACGAAAACGUAUGGACUGAAAGAAAGCAGGAAAAUUGUACCUUUGUUAUUAUGUUUAAUUGAAUGAAUGCUUCUCUGGUAGCGAAGGGAUCGGCGGAAUUUCCGAGAUUUAGUGUUGUAUAGGCGUUUUUAAACAACUUCAAAGACAAUGGCCUUCUUUGGGAAUUUGAUCAAAACCUUUCUGAGCUCAGAAGGGCCAUCAGGGAACACUGUUGUUGAAGUCUCAGUAUCUCAGUUUUCUAGGACGCCAGUAUAUGCAAGAGAAGACUGUCUGGUUUUAUAUGGCCCAACUCCUAACAAAAUGUAUGAGCUAGUAUUAAACAAACCAGUUGAUGAUUCCCUUACCUCAGCAUUCAGUCUCUUUAGGUUACCUGAUGUCAGUGAAGCCCAGAUCCGGUUCAUUUCCCUAAGAGAAGUGUUACCACCACUUGUGGAGCAUAUGCCACACUAUGUUGUUAACAAGCAAGGGCUUCAGACAGUUUGUGAUUUAACAAGGGAUCACCCAACCUGGAGCCCAGCUCAUAUAGCAGCCUAUUUAGGUUAUGCUAGAGUCUUCAAAAAUUCCAGUAUUGUUAAUUGUGCAGAUACAGCAGAUAUUGAGUUGAAGGAGACACCUCUUCACAUAGCAAUAAAAGAGGGUCAUAUUGAUGUCAUUCGUACCCUCCUUGAGAAGGGGGUUAGUGUUGAUGUCACUGAUGUGAAAGGAAACUCAGUGUAUCAUUUGGCUGCUGCUACAAAUGAAUCCAUAAUACAGUUAGUGACACAGAGGGAGUCUCGUCUCAUGAAUUUCCCAAAUGCAGCUGGGAAGACCCCUCUUCAUGUAGCCUGUGAGGCAGACAAGCCAGAAUGUGUGAAGGCUCUUCUCUGUGCUGGUGCUGAUGUCAAUGUAGCUGCAACUCAUGAUUCCACUUUGCCUAUUCACACAGCAAUGGCUGCAAAUAGCACCCUUUGUGCCAAAGAAAUUAUUAAGAUGUAUCCAAAUCAAUUGAAUGUGAAGGACAUGAAACAUGGAGGGACACCACUGCACUGGGCAACAUCAAGAGAAAUUAUUUCUGCUAUGGCAGACCUGGGAUGUAGCGUCAAUGCUCGAAACUUCCAUGGUCACACGGCUUUGCACAAGAUGGUGGAGCAUAAUCGGCUGUCAUGUGCAAUAACUCUUCUGAGUCUUGGAGCGGAUGUCAAUGCUGUCGAUGAGGAUGGAAAUUCCGCUCUUCACUUUGCUAUUUCACCAGCAGUCCUUCAGGCGCUCUUGGUGUUUGGUGGCAACACAAGUUUUAUCAACAAGAAGAAUGUUUCAGUUCGUCACCUUGUUGCCAGUAGCACUUAUAGGGAAAAGCCAACCAUGUUGUACAUCUUGCAUGCUGUAGGAGCUUCCCGUUGUAAAUCACGCUUUCCUGACUGCACUGAUGGUUGCUCACCUGAAGGGUCAUAUGAUGGAGUUCCUUUGAACAACGACUUAUUUUGCCGAAGCCGAAUAAGCUAUGAUGAAUUACUUGACUCUUCAAUUCUUGGUAAAACCUUGAGGGACCUGCAGUCAGAAGCUCCUCUUGGGUUUGAUGGAUUAGGCAAUUUGCCCAAAGGGGGAAGAAUAUUGUGUCUUGAUGGUGGAGGCAUAAAAGGCCUUGUCCUUAUUCAACUCCUUCAUGCCAUAGAAGAAGCAGCUGGCAGGCCUGUUUUGCAGAUGUUUGAUUGGAUAGCAGGAACAAGUACAGGGGGCAUUCUUGCUCUUGCAUUAGCUCGAGGCAAAAGUGUGCGGUAUACCCAGAGACUAUAUUUUCGUAUGAAGGACCUUGUGUUUGUUGGCAUGCGACCAUAUGAUGAAAAGCCAUUGGAGAAGAUAUUAAAGGAAGAGCUUGGUGAAGAUACCAUGAUGACUGAUAUAAAGGGACCAAAGAUAAUUGUAACUGGAGUUUUGGCAGACCGUUUCCCAGCUGAUCUUCACCUGUUUCGCAACUACACGUCAGGUGAGUCCCUGUUGCGAGCUCAGGGAGGAAAUGCAUUUACUCCAACUCCUCCACCAGAACAGCAACUUGUGUGGCGUGCGGCUAGAGCUUCAGGAGCUGCUCCAUCUUAUUUCAGGGCAUAUGGACGUUUUAUUGAUGGUGGCCUCAUAUCCAACAACCCUACACUAGAUGUUCUGACUGAAAUAGCAGAAUACAACACUUCUUUAAAUAUAAUUGGAAAAACAAAAGAAGUAGUCAAGCCAUCAGUUGUUGUAUCUCUUGGAACUGGCAAGCCUCCAGUACAGAAAGUGGAUGCAAUAGAUUGCUUCAAACCAGAGAGCAUGUGGAGUACAGUGAGGAUGGCUUUUGGCCUGUCUAAUGUGGCAAAGCUUCUUGUUGAUCAGGCAACAAUGGCAGAUAAUCGCACUGUGGAUCGAGCACGAGCUUGGUGUGGAAUGUGUGGGAUAGCUUAUUUACGACUCACCCCACAGUUAUCUCUGGAUGUGCAGCUUGAUGAGACAAGAGAUGAAGUUCUGGUUAACACACUAUGGGAAACUAUGGUGUACAUACGUUCAAGAAAAGUGCAAAUACAUCAGAUUGCAGCUUUGCUCACAGCAGGUGUACCUUCUCCUGCUGAAUAAAAGAUCUUGGUCCUUAUGUAUAGAACAUUUGGAAGGUUUAGAGGAAAAGUACGACUGGGAAAUUUAACCAUCAGAUGAUUGCUGUGUGUUUAGUUUAAGAAGUUCUAUCUCAUAAAUAAUAAGAGUAAGUUCAUUAAAAGGAUUUUAUUUCAGAAGAUUUAGAAAUGAAGAACUGUAUUUUCAUUAUUUAUAUAUAUAUUUAUUUAUUUAUUUAUUUAUUUAAUCAUUGUUUUAAUCUAUUCAAUACAAUGAUUAAAAUAUUCCAAAGAGUAAGAGGAUUUAAGAGCCAUAUAGAGCAGAAGAAUAAAUGUAAUUUAAGCUAAAGCUUUGGAGGAUAUGCUAGUUUAGAAAAUAUAGCCAGAUAUUAGACAAAGUCCCAAUAGUCCCUUUUAUGUGAUAGAAGAACAAGAAUAAUUAUUUUUUGUCAUGGUUAUUGGAUUUUUAGGAAAGAUUGGAAUGUAUAGACCUUUUUUAAGUUCUAUUGGAUCAUAAUCAAUUUAUAAUCAGGAAGUUGAAUCUGAACUAAGCAGAAGCACCUAUUUGGAAAUAGGUAUAGAAACAUAUCUUAGAAAUAUAAAUUCAGGAAGGACAAGAGAAAAGAAUUAGUAUUUCCUUGGUUUUAAAGUAUGUUUGAAGUAAUUCAUAGUAUUUGUUAAUUUGGUAAACUAUGGCUGCUCUCUAGACAAGGAGAAAGCAGACAACCCAUAGAUGAAUACAUUAAAAGAAAGGUUGAUUAUACAUACUGGGUUAUAAGCUGUCUAGUCAUGCAUCACAAGUAUGCAGGUCAUGAGAUUACUAAUAAAUCAUCAGUUUAAUAUAAGAGUUGAGGUAAAUACGGGUGCUAUCUCUCAAGACUUUACUCUUGGCCUAACCCUCACUUUCUGAUGUGAUAUUCAUGCAGGUACAAGUUGUCAAGUUUUGAGGUUUAUUGACAAUGCUGAAGAAACUAUGCAAGCUAUUAUGAAAAAAAAUAGCUUGAAUGUGUUUAACUUGUUCAAGACAUUUCAUUCAGCACUGAUUAGAAUUCAAAAUGUUUAAUACAUGAAAUAUUAGUUCUUUGAUAUUUACAUGUUUCUGCAAUGAUUCAGUCAAAAUUUAAUUUCUCAAUUUUAGUUAGAAGGGUAAUUGAACAUGCAUAAACAGCAAAUGAGAUAGAGAAAUUCAAGAACCCAAACUAAAUGGGUUUUGGUAUAUUCCAGGCUUAUAGUUGUCUGAAUUUUAUGGAGAUCAAUUAUAAUACAGGAGUACAUGAUUUUAUGUAGCAGUGAUUUUAAAGGGAAAUGCUUAUGUGAUUUUUAUUUUAGUUGCUUACAUAAACAUAUAUAUAGUGAAUAUAUAUUUCCAUCUAUAUAUAAAGUGUGUGUAAUAUAUCUCUCUGUGGCCAUAAAAAUAUGCUUAUAAUAUGUUGAAGUGAUUUUGUUUGCAUAUCUACUUUUCAAGUAGAUUUUUUUGUGGGAGAGCAUGUAAAUAAAUGAUUAUAACCCAGUGAGAAAAUGUGUAAUAUCAAUCUAGAUGUUACUAUUUGAAAACUAUAUGUAUAAUUGUUUAUUCCAUGUUUUUAAAAUGAUAUUGUAUGUGUGUAAAAUGGGAUUUUAAAAUAGGGGCAUAGUUGAUGAAAAAUAAUGAAACAUUUGGUUAUACAUAGUGUAAAAAAAAGAAAAGAAAAAGAGGAGAGUAGAAAAAAAUCAUAAAAUUAGGUUUUAUUAUAAGAUAGGACAACAGGUUUUAAAACUGGGCUUUUGUUUCCAUAAAACUUUUGCAUAUAUAUUUUUUUUUCUACCACUGUAUUGAUAUUGAUAUUCCUCAGUGAUAUGAGAAGCAACUUUGAGUUCUUUAGAAACAAAAUAAAAGAAAUCUUAGUUUCCAUGAGUAAA